AUGGCCGGUGCAAUCCUGUCUACUGGAAACGAGGCACCAAAGAAGCUGGCCAGAUUCGUUCGCUUCGAUGUCCCCUUGUUAGUACAGAGCGAGUUUCAGGGUCGCGAGGUCGACCUGCUGUUACUCGCCUGGGCCCUGCUGCAGUACCGAUACAGCAAUGGAAACCCAGUCGAAUUUACCUGGGGGAGGAAUGGCACGGGUGCGGAUUUCACCUUUGACUUCAGCACAGCGCGCGCGGGGUGGAGCCCUGAUGUUUCCAUCGCCGGCGCGUUAGAAUCAGUUAAGAAGUCGCGCGAGGAAGCGCACGCAGGUCAUUUAGUUGAUGUCGAUAAUGCGAUCGUGUUUUUCAACGAUGAAUGCGCGCCCCACGACUUAUCCAGCAAUGCGCGAGUGAGCGAUGGCGAUGCGCUUGGUGGUGGAAUGGCCUGGGGAAAUAUUCAACUCCAGGCGACAAUGUCCGAGGGAAGUCUGUGGCUUCGUCCAUGUUGGCGGGAGCCCCUCGGUGCGGAGUUCCUUGCGAAACACUUCGCGCACGCACUGAUUGAAAUACUCAAUAAAACCUUCGCCGACUUUACGAAGCCCAUUUCCACGGUUCUCGAAUUAAGCGACGUUGAUCGAUCUGAGCUUUGGCAGUGGAACAAAGACCUACCCCCUCGAGCCGACACCUGUAUUCAGGAAUUAAUAUCGGAGCAAGUCCGGCGCAACCCCGCCGCACAAGCCAUUUGUUCGUGGGAUGGAGACCUCUCCUACGAGGAGGUCGAGAGAUAUUCCACACUGGUUGCGCACCACCUAGUCAAUCUAGGUGUUAAGAUUGGUCAGAUCGUCCCUCUCUGUUUUGAGAAAUCACGAUGGACUAUCGUCGGCGUUUUGGGUGUGGUCAAGGCCGGAGGUGCCAUCGUGCUGAUGGAUCCGAGCCAGCCUUUGGAAAGACGUCAAACUAUCGCCGAGCAAGUCAAUGCUACAUUAAUCGUGACUUCCAAGACACACGGUCCAUUUGGUCAGAAGAUUGCGCCAGGUGCUCAAACAGUCGUCGUGGGACAAGAAGAACUGGACAGCUUGGCCCAGACUGUCUCGCCGACCGAGCUCCCAGUCGUUCCUACAGACUCAAUUCUCUACCUCAUCUUCACAUCAGGAAGCACCGGUAAACCCAAGGGUGUCAUCAUCAACCACACGACCUACACCACAAGUGCAAUUGCACGAAGCGCCGCAGUCGGGUACACCGAUGUAUCACGCGUUCUGGACUUCGCAUCAUAUGCCUUCGAUGUCAGUGUUGACAGCAUGCUCUGCACUAUGCUCCGAGGUGGAUGUCUAUGUAUCCCAUCAGAUGAAGACCGCUUGAACGAUCUAAGUGGUGUGAUUCGUCGAAUGGGCGUGACGAUGUCGAACAUGACACCAUCAGUAGCGCGCAUUCUCGACCCGGACAUCAUCCCUUCAUUGCACAGCCUCGGGCUCGGUGGCGAGUCAUGUUCGGUUGGCGAUGUUUCCGAAUGGGGAAAACUGACAAGAAUUGUGAUCGGAUAUGGGCCAUCAGAGUGCACCGUCGGGUGUACGAUCAACCAUAGCGCUGCUGGCAAGCCAUAUGUUAGUAUUGGUCCUGGCAAUGGUGGUAUCAUCUGGCUUGUUGAUCCGGAUGAUCAUAACAAACUCACGCCCAUUGGAGGUAUUGGAGAACUUCUCGUCGAAGGACCUAUCGUUGGUCAGGGUUAUCUCGGCGAUCCUCAGAAGACCGCCGAAUCGUUUAUUGAAGAUCCGGUAUGGCUUUUGGCGGGUAGUAAUGAGGUCCCCGGACGCAAAGGACGCCUAUACAAAACUGGCGAUUUGGUCCGUCAUGACCCAGAUGGAGAACGCGGGUUCGUGUUCGUUGGUCGCAAAGACACACAAGUCAAACUUCGUGGACAGCGCGUUGAACUUGGCGAGAUCGAAUACCAUGUCAGAAGAUUGCUUCCAUCAGGAACAGAUGUUGCCGUCGAAGUCAUCGCUCCACAAGGCCGAAGCAAGGAAUCUAUGCUUUUGGCCUUCGUCGCGGAUCCAAAUGCCGAGAAGCCGGACGGCGAUACAGAGAACGGCAUCAAGCAAGUUCAGUUCUCUGCCGGUAUCCAAGAGAAGAUGACAAGUCUCGAUGAAGAAAUGUCCAAGGUGCUCCCAGUCUACAUGGUGCCGUCGUUGUAUAUCGGUAUCGAUCGCAUGCCCAUGCUUGUAUCUGGAAAGACAGACCGCAAGACCCUGCGCGCAUUUGGAUCACAGCUAGACUUGUUUUCUGCCGAUGCCACGAAUGGCGACAUGCAAAAGCCAAGCUCGGAUGCGGAAGUCUGCCUUCAUGAGAUUUGGUGUCGUCUGCUUGGCUUGACUUCAGAGCAAGCCGGUACUAAUCAUAAUUUCUUUAUCCUCGGUGGCGAUUCCGUUCUGGCUAUGAAACUUGUUCCCGCGGUUCGGGAGCAAGGGUUCGUUUUGACUGUCGCGGACAUCUUCAACUCUCCUGUCCUAUCUGAGAUGGCCAAAUCAAUGCAUAAGGAAGAAGCAGACUCGCAGGUCGAGGUGCUGAGAUUCUCAUUGAUAGACCCAGAUUGGAACUUGGACGAUGCCUGCAAGGAGGUUGCCGAGAAAUGCGCCGUGGAAAAGACUGCUAUUGAAGAUAUUUAUCCAUGCACCCCAUUGCAGGAGAUUCUCAUGGCAUUCUCAGCUCGCUCCGCUGAGAGCUACGUGGCGCAGCGAGUUGCCGAGAUCCCAAGCAUCGAGAUAGCGGAGAAAUUGCAAGCUGCAUGGAGUUCUGUCAUUCAAGAAAGCCCAAUUCUUCGAACCCGCGUGGUUGAGUGCGGAGAUCAUGGCUUUAUGCAAGUCGUUACCAACGAAGGCUCGGCAUGGCAGUCUCGCACCACCGACCUGGAAUCAUUCUUGGAGGAAGAUCAAAAGGUCCCGAUGUCGGUCAACAUGCCCUUGAGCCGGUAUACGAUCGUCCGCGACGAGUCUCUCGAUCAAAUCUACUUCGUCUGGACCGUUCACCAUGCAAUUUAUGAUGGCUGGUCAACCGAUCUGAUCGUUGAGCAUGCGAAGAACGCAUACAAGGGCGUUUCGACUUCAACUCCGGCAGAGUUCAAGCACUUCAUCAGCUAUUUGACCGAUCCUGCCAGAGAGUCCUCAAAAGACUACUGGCGUGUGCAGCUUCAAGGCGCCACCGGUCCCCAAUUCCCCUCCCUCCCUUCUCGGAUGUACAUCCCCGAGCCCAACGCGGUGGCAGACAGAUUCGUCCCCGUGAAGCCCACAACCCGAACAAGCAUUACCACCGCAACACUCAUUCGAGCAGCCUGGGCCUUGGUAGCUGCGCAGUAUACCAUGAGUGAUGACGUGGUCUUCGGUGAAACCUUCGCCGGGCGAACUCUUCCAAUUCCCGGCGUUGAACAGAUCGAGGGCCCCAUGAUCGCCACAGUACCUGUCCGAAUCCGCGUCGACCGAUCUGCGCCCGUCCAAGAAUUCUUGCAGGCCAUUCAAGACCAUGGCCUCGUCAGAUCCGCCCACGAGCACCUGGGUAUGCAGAACAUCCGCCGUGUGAGCGCCGACGCCCAAUUAGCCUGUGAAGUAAAGAUGGGUCUUGUCAUCCAGCCUCGUCAGCCUGAGACUCCGGAGAAAUCUGAUGAUGAGCUGCCGCCAUUCCGAGUUGAGGACGCAGCCCACGAGGCUCUCCGUUUCAAUUCUUAUCCAUUGAUGUUGGCCUGUUCUCUUCAAGCCGAUGGAUUCAAUGUUACUGCGAGCUUCGACUCGAAGCUCAUCAGUGAGCCGCAGAUGGGCCGAGUCUUGGCACAGCUUGAGUAUGCGGUCGCACAGCUGUGUACCCAGGAUUCAAAGCAGCUUUGUGAUAUCGCUGGCUUGAAUGAAGUCGAGCUUGCAGAGAUCUGGCAGCUCAAUGCAAAUGCGCCCUCGGGUUCUGAGGCUGCAGAGAAAGCCCCUGAACCAUCCAAGGGACUGGUUGUUGGGGAUAGCUACCCCACGGACUCCGUUCCUUGGAUCGUUCACCCCUCUGACUACAACUCACUCGUGCCAAUCGGUACGAUGGGUGAGUUACUACUAGAGGGUGUGAGUGGUGCCAGUCUCGAGCCACCCGAGUGGCUCACCAAGGGUGCGAGCGGGAUUCCUGGUCGACAGAGCAAGCUCUACCAAACCGGUGACCUUGUCAAGUAUGCAGACGACAAAACACUGAUCUUCAUGGGCCGAAAAGAGAGUCUCCGAAAGGUUGAUGGCCAUGUCAUGGAUCUCACUGCGAUUGAUGCUCAGCUUCGUCAGUCGCUUCCCGCGGACACUGAUGCUGUAACCCAAUUGAUCACUCCGACAGGCUCAGGCAGUCAGUCUCCUGUGCUGGUCGCUUUUGUGAGCGAGACUCCAUCAGAAGAUCGAGCCGUGAGUCUGGGUGUGGAGGCCCCUGCCGAGCUGCGUUUGGCAGGUAUCAUCUCGACACAGCUUGUUGAGUCAAUUACCGGUCUCAACAAGGUGCUUUCUGAUGUGCUGCCGCCUUACAUGAUUCCUUCUGUGUAUAUUCCUGUCGAAUCGGUGCCUCGCGCUAACGACCAAAUCGAUGUCGAGGCUCUGACAUCGAUGGCGGAGCAAGUCAGCCAUGAGUUACUGCUGCAGCUACGAACGGCUAUCAUGAACUUGCGCCCGGGCAAAGGCGAUGCUGUGCAUAUGAACAAGAAGGAGCGAACUUUGCGCUCGUUAUGGGCCAAGUCUCUGCGUAUGGAAGAGAACAAGCUCGCACUUGACGAUAACUUCUUCCGCCUUGGUGGAGAUUCUAUCAUGGCUAUGAAGCUCGUCUCUGCCUUGCGACUGGCAGGCUAUCACUUGUCUGUCACUGAUAUUUUCCGCAAUAUGCAGUUGCGUGGUAUGGCCGGUGCUUUGGUCGAGCUUUCAACAGACGAGACACGGCCAUCUAAGACAUACUCGCCGUUCUCGUUGUUGAAUGUGGCAGAUGUGCAAACAUUCUGUGCCCAAGAGAUCAAGCCACUGUUGGCUGAUUCAACCUGGAAGAUUCAAGACGUUUUGCCUGCGACAGAGCCCCAAGAGCGUGAUGUUGAUGCUACAGUUUCAGCUCCUCGCAGCGCUCUCCAAUACAACAUGUUGUACCUGAAUAAGGAUAUUGUUGUGGAGAAACUUGUUGCAUCCUUCAACGCGCUGGUCUCGAUCCACCCCAUCUUACGAACAGUCUUUGUUCGUGAAUCUGAUCGGGUGCUCCAAGUCGUGCUGGAUGAGCUGGUCAUUCCUGUAUCUGAACACGUCACCGAUGGCCCCGUUGAAGACUUCUGCAAGAAACUUGCCAAGGAUGACAUCGAAAUCGAUUCAUCUUUCGAACUCGGAAAGCCUUCCCUGGGCUUGUUCGCAGUCCAAGGCCCUGAAGAGAACGGGUUCAUGAUCCGCAUUUCUCAUGCCCAAUACGACGGUAUCUCUUUCCCAGAGAUCCUUCGCCAGCUCGAGCUCCAAUACCAAGGAGAAGAAAUCGGCUCAUCGCCUCCAUUCUCAACAUUCAUCCAAUACCAAAACGACGCCAAGCCCGAUAACAUCACCUACUGGCGCAACACACUCCAAGGCUCCCGGCUCACCACGCUCCCCGAGCCCGAAUCCACAAAGACAACCUUCAUCAAGAAGCAAGUCGACAUGCGCGCCCGCUCCCCAGACACAACCAUGGCCACUCUCCUCACAGCCAGCUGGGCCCGCGUACUCUCCCAACACCUCUCUAUCCAAGACAUCACCUUCGGAGGCGUGGUAUCCGGUCGCACAGUCGAUGUCCCAGACAUCGACAAGAUCAUGGGCCCAACAUACCAAUACAUGCCACUGCGUGUGAAGUUCGAAUCAGGCAUGAGUGUCAAGACCCUCCUAGACGGCGUGCGCGACCAAUACCUCGAGGGCAGUCGACAUGCAACACUUGGGUUCCAAGAGAUCUCGGACAAUUGUACCAGCUGGUCGCCACUCUUGUCGUUCUUCUCGUCGAUUGUUCAUCAUCAUGAUAUCGAGUACUUUGAUAGUAUUCCUUUCGCGGGAUCGGAGGCUCGUGUGGAUUACAUUAACCCGCAUCCUGAGCCUACUAGUCCUACCCGAGUUGUGUCUUAUACUGAGAAGGGAGAGACUUUUGUUGGCAUUGAGGCUGAUGAAGAGAGGUUGGAGUUCUGGGAGGAGAGGCUUGGAGAGUUGGGUGCUGUGAUUGAAGGGUUUGUGAAUGAGCCUGAGGCUACGCUGUAG